AUACCUCAAGAAAUGCGCUACAGUGAUUGAUUUCUCUCAAUGUAAAAUACUUAUCGUCUUGUCUGUUAUGAGAGCUAAGGAGCCUUUAUUUUGAUAUUUUCCAUAAGUCUUCUCGUCGAAUCUGUCGACGAUUUUUGGUUCUACCAGAGCCCGUGGUUCUACAUGUUCCGUCUAAGAUUUGUUCCAUACAGGGGUUUACAGGUGUCUAGUAGAAUGGCAGAGACAGCGGUGCGAAACUGUAGCCCUAAGCGUCCUGGAGUUGGACUUGGUGUAAUCGUCACAGAUUUGUUAAACCCGAGUUGUGUUCUGCUGGGUAAAAGAAAAGGUCCCGUGGGCAAAGGUACUUAUCAGUUGCCUGGUGGCCACAUAGAGUUCGGAGAAACAUGGGAGGAAUGUGCACAGAGAGAGGUGAUGGAGGAGACUGGGGUCCAUCUGAAGAACCUACAAUACGCAUCCGUGGUGAACUCCAUCAAGCUAGAGGAGAAUUACCAUUAUAUCACUAUCUUUAUGCAGGGUGAACUGAACAGAGACAUCUCAAAAGAACCUGUGAAUCUUGAACCUGAAAAGAAUGAAGGAUGGCGUUGGGUACGAUGGGACAACUUCCCCCCUGAAGAGCAUCUUUUUCUGCCUCUGGCCUGUCUAAGACAACAAGGAUACCAUCCAUUCAAAGACCUCCCAAAUGGAACAUAACUGGAACUGAAAUUUGACCUUCAGUUUGUCCUCUGACUUACAGAAUAUCCCCCUAAACUUCUCGGCACGGUUUUCAAUUCAUGGGUUAAGCCUAGUCCUGGACCUAAAGGGAACUUCGUGGAGAUUUUUAAAAAAGCAUUUAGUCUAAUCCAUGUAUUGGAAACAGACCCCUAGAGCCUGUGGGAGGUGUCAUCCAGGACUUGUAGCCACACAGGA